AUGGAUGUCUUUCUCUCUUUGCCGGCCAAGAGAUGGCGUGGAAUCACAGUAAAGACAGGACGUGUAGUCAACACAAUAAUGGUCAGUAAGAAUGAAUGGACAGGAUUUCAAAUCCCAGGCUGGAAGGCAGCAGCGAUUUCGUUCGCGCACCGCGAAAUGAGAUCGCAAUGUGAAACGCCGGGCGUGGAUCACCACAUUGAAAGACCAGGGAAUUGGAGCAGAACUGAUGGAGAAGCGCCGCCGCUGGGUCUUCCCUUUGCUCCGCACGUCUUAGAUGUUGGCCAACAUCAAUGGCUUCUGAUAUUGAUAAGCAGUCGGGGGCGAUUGUCUCCCCUGCACCAAGCCGCCAAUAGCCUGACCGAGAGCUCCAGGGGUGUUCAAGCCGGACUCACCUUUGGCUAG